UAAGAGAUUAGAAUUUGAACAGUCUGCGUUUGACAGCGUUAGAAAUGACGGCCGCGAACAAGGAGGAGGAUGUGGAGGAUGCCUUCGAAAGGAAGUCGUCGAGACUGUCAGGUCUACUUGGAAUCAGACAUUUGCAGGUUUUUCUAUGCUUCAUGGGAAUGGUGAUCGGAUAUUGUCUUCGCGUGAGCAUGUCCGAAGCUAUAGUUGCAAUGACGAACAAAUCCAGCAACCCCGACUAUACGGUGUUCGAUUGGGACCAGAACGGGAAGUCGCUGAUUCUGAGCGCGUUCUUUUGGGGAUACACGGCAAUGCAAAUACCGAGUGGUUACUUGGCGAAAACAUGGAGCGCCCAAAAACUGCUCAGCUGCGGAAUGCUGGUUUGCGGCGUUUUGAAUAUUCUAAUACCGACUGCCGCCUAUUAUGGCAACCUGAUCACGGUCUGUUUCUGUAGGGUGGGCAUGGGCGCCUUUCAGAGUUGCCUUUUGCCCUGUAUACAUACCCUCCUCUCGAAAUGGGCACCGCCAUCCGAGAGAGCACGACUCGGAGCAUUCGCUUAUGCUGGAGCACAGUUCGGUACUGUGAUUUGCUUUCCAAUUUCUGGAGUUUUAGCGGCAUCGAGUUCCGGCUGGCCAUCCGUAUUUUACGUUUUCGGCGUUCUCGCUGUAUUUUGGAGCAUCUUAUUCUUUUUUUAUGGCUUCGAUAGUCCGUCCCAACAUCCGCGAAUAACGGAGAAGGAAAGAGUAUACAUAGAGCAUGACUUAAUGAGCGCCGAGGAAAAGGAAAUGCUGGAUAGCGGAAAGACGCAAAGAACACCAUGGAAAGCGAUUUUCACAUCGGUGCCGAUGUGGGCCCUUAUAAUCGUCCAUUGUGGUCAAAACUGGGGAUACUGGACACUUAUCACCGAAAUGCCAAUUUACAUGAACGCUGUUUUACGUUUCGACAUCGAACAGAAUGGCAUGAUAGCGGCUCUUCCUUAUCUGACGAUGUGGAUCUUGAGUUUUCCAGCGAGCUGGCUGUGCGAUUAUUCUUUGAAGAAAGGUGUUUCCAGGGGAGUAGCCAGGAAAGUGUGCAACACUAUCGCUCACUGGGGACCAGCUAUAGCUUUGAUCGGUCUUGCAGCUAUGCCAGUUCACAAUUCUGUGGCGGCUGUUACAAUUCUCGUAGUAGCCGUAGGAUUAAACGCCGGAUCCCUUUGUGGAUUUCAGAUCAAUCACAUCGAUCUAAGCCCGAAUUUUGCCGGCACAAUGAUGUCUAUUACGAAUUGCAUUGCAUCUAUAAUUGCAAUAAUUGCGCCGCUUGUUUGCGGUUUGAUCGUUCCUGACGAGUCGAACGUGAAGCAAUGGAGUUACGUAUUUUAUUUGUCCGCUGUGGUCUAUUUUGUGGGAAACUUAAUUUUCAUCAUAUUCGGCCAAGGCGAAGUUCAACCGUGGAACAAUUACAGCGACGCAAACACUCGGAAGUACAGUAUGAAGGAAUCUACGACAAUAACACGUGAAACGAGCUCUGUGUUGGCGAAACGAGAAGCAGAUAAAUUGACGAACAAGAACGGGUAGAACUGCACGGCGUGAUCGUCGAUUUCGAUCAAUUAAUUUUAAGAAGAUCUACCUGCUAAAGUGUGUUUUACUAGUUCUCUUUGGCAACACAUGUAAUGAACUGUAACAUACGAGGUGCGACAAUUUGAUGAUCGACAUUGUCAUAAAUUUGUACAAUAACUCAUAAUAACGUUGUUAUUACGACAACAGUGGACACAAUGUGUCAUUUAAGGAAAAGAAACUUGAUAUUACUACAUUUUAUUCUAUCUAGCAAGUACAAAUGGUAUAAUAUUUUACCAUAGAAGAGAUCAAUUUCGAACUGUAAAGUCAGAAUAAUUCCCUCGCACGUAUCGAACAGCGACUUCAAUUUGUACCAUUUUUUACCAUUUAUGUAAAUAUCGGAAACCUGCAUCAGUACUUGGGAUAUUUUUCAUAUUUUUAAAGAUUGACUAAAAUUAGUAAUACCAUUUAUCGUAAUUUCCUGCUGGUAGCUUUAAGUUAUAUCGAUGUUGUAUAAAACGUUACCUAUAAACAAACAGAAACAAAAUGUAAAAAAAUGAAAAAAACCUGUAUAAUACGUGUGCCGUUAUAUAUAAUAAUAAUGUUACAACUUUUAUAUAAUCCUGUCAAUACUAUUGUUUGUGAUAGAGUUAAUAAUUACGAGGAUUUCAUUUCAAUGCUUGAAAAAUAUAAAAUGAGGUCAGCAAGCACGCAAAUCGUAGCAAAAGCUAUCGUCGUGAGUGUAUGCAAGGUUCUCGUGUGAUUAUUUACAAGAAAAUUGAUCUCUUUUCAAUGCUGCCUCUCUUUAGACGCGUGCGUGUACACAAGUUAAAAAAAUAAAGACGAUCAAUUCAAAAUUUCUAUAGUUUAAUAGGUUACACUUUUGUUUUGAGGGGACCAAAAAUUCAGUAUCUUUUUUUUUAUCAAUGUAUAGCAUUUGACGCGAAGAAUCUAAGAAUAUUAGUUAUAUAGCAUGUUAUAUAGCAAUUGUAAGGGAAUCCUUGUAAGAAAUCUUUAAUCUUCGAUUUCGUGACGGUUCUAAUCAGCCAUUUAAUGGUCAAAGUUAUUUAAUGGUCAACAAUGGUUAUGGUCACUGAUAGCUAAAAAUGAGGUUGACAUCACGGUCAGCAGUCUAGUGAGACUAAAGAAAUGACAAAAAAGAAGUAGAACCAAUCGAAAUAGUUAUUUCAUAAGAUUAACUUGACUUUGUGUUCCCCCACCCUUUCAUUAUCUUACAAAGGGGUAUAAGUAGAGCCACUGUUGAUAAAUUCUUCAGUAUUCCUGGGACGUUCAGGGGAUCGGGAGCCUACGUUUGGCCAUUAGUGAACCGCUGACCAUCGCUGACCACUGCUAACCUUUACCGACUAA